AUGGGGUCUGCCCACUCGACACAGCAUACUCACAUUCAUGAGACUUCACUAGGCAAGCUCAAGGGCAUUGAAGCUCGCGACUCCUCGGGCAAGCCCAUCUACCACCGCUAUGCCAAAGUACCAUAUGCCCUACCACCAGUCGGCUCUAGACGAUGGCGACAUCCUCAGCCACUCCCAGUGGACUUCAGCUUCAGCGACAGCAACGGUCAGCCAGGCGACUACACAGCCUUCGGCCCAAUAUGUCCUCAACCAGUGUAUGGCCAUUCAGCUGCAGUGCUGGCAAACCCCGACGCCAUACCCAAGAUCCAGAACGAGCAAUCUGAAGACUGUCUGUACCUCAACAUCUUUGUCCCAGCCGGCAAACCGCCUCCAGGAGGAUGGGCUGUCCAGUUCUACAUCCACGGAGGUUGGCUCCAGGUCGGACACGCCAUGCAAGGCCACGACCUCGAUCCAAUCGACCUCCUCCGAGAGUCAACUCCACGAAUCAUCUGCUCGCCCACCUAUCGUCUCAACCUCUUCGGCUUCCUUGGUGGCUCCGAGCUCGCCUCCCUAAAAGAAGACCCAUCACCCUCCAACUUCGGCCUCUGGGACCAACGCGCCGCCCUCGAGUUCGUGCACAGACACAUCGCCCACUUCGGCGGGAAUCCCUCCAACAUCUCCUGCGGCGGCCUCAGCGCCGGCGCAAACUCAACCUUCUUCCAGCUCUACCACGACAUCCACCUGCCCCCAUCCCAACGCAUCAUCAAACGUGUCUACCUCUGGUCCAACGCCGUCGCCAUCCAACCCGCCUCCACCACCUCGACCCAACUCACCACCCAAUUCAACGAGCUUUGCACCGUCAACUCCAUCUCCCCCACCCUCCCCAUCCGCGAAAAACUCUCCCGCCUCCGCGCCAUCCCCGCCGCCGACCUCAACGCCUCCAUCACCCGUCUGAAACAACACACCUUCCGCUCCUCCACCGACGAUGCCUUCAUCCCCUCCACCUUCCUCCACAGCCUGCACUCUGGCCACUUCACCACCCUCCUCGCCAAACACAACAUCUCCGUCCUGCUAGGCGAAUGCGCCCACGAAGCCGAACUCUACAAACUCGUCAACCCGCCCUCCGACUACCCCGGCCUGUUGGUCCAGCUGGCGAACUACUACCCCAAACCCGUCUACGAAGCCAUGCUGCCGCACUUCAACGUCCCUCCGAAGGAUUCCAAGGAUGUCGCCGCAUGGCAAGAUGUCUUCGCGCAAAUGACGGGCGCGGGACAAGUCCACAUCCCCGAGCGUGGACUCACUCAUCUCCUCCUGCACCCGCCUUCAAGCCCCGGCGUGGCCGCCCUACCACCACAAAAUCUCCAUCGCUACCGCAUCGAAUGGCGCGCCAAGGGUAUGGACGCAUGGGUUCAGCCUCAAUUGGGCGUGUGUCACGGUGCAGACACGCCGAUCUGGUGGUGUAGUGGAUGGCGAGCCGGAUACGACGAGACAGAUCGGAGGAAUGUGUUAGAGUUUAUAAGGCCUUUUGGGGAGUUCCUGGAGGGGAGAGAUGUGGCGUGGGGGAGUAAGAAGGGGGAUCAGGAGAGGCGGAUCAGGGUGUUUGGGAAGGAUGGGAGGACGAUGGAGGAUGUGGAGGAUGGGAAUUGGGAGAGGUGGAUGCCUGUCUGGGAAAGCAUCUGGGAGUCACAAAGGCAGGAGGUGGCAAGGUUGUAG